AUGCUGAUGCCGCUCCGGCGUCGGCCAUGGACCUGUCGGGCAUGUCUGCAGCGACUGCAGCAGCCUCGUCGAUCCUUGGAAACAGCCGCGUCGCCAUCCUCCCGAUCGGAUGUAUACGAUUAUGCCCCCACGAACCAUUCCACCCAGAAGAAGACCAAUGACGAAACCCUUCGACGAGUGUUCGAUUCGCAACCGUUCUGGAGAGAGUUCUCGCAACGGAGCGCCACCCAAUCCAAGCCCACCGGAUUGGUUCAGAACCAAUACUUGACCAGCCCCGAUGGAUUUCGCGCCUUUGCCAAUGUCUCGCUGCAGAGAUGUCAAGCGAUCGUCUCCAAAGUCCUCUCUGCAUCCACGCUGGAGGAAUAUCGGGACAUGGCUCGGGAUCUUGACCGGUUGAGUGAUCUGCUCUGCCGAGUGAUCGACCUGUCAGAUUUUAUCAGAGUCAUUCACCCUGACCCGCGCGUGCAGGAGGCGGCUACGCAGGCGUAUGCGCUAAUGUUCGAGUACAUGAAUGUUCUGAAUACCACCACCGGGCUCAACGAUCAGCUGAAGAAGGCUGCCAGCAAUCCGGAUGUGUCUUCGCACUGGACGGAGGAGGAGAAAAUUGUGGCGCAGAUCCUGAUUAAGGAUUUCUCCAAUUCUGCGAUUCACAUGCCACCAAAUGAGAGACAGCGAUUCGUGAACCUUUCGAACGACAUCAGUCAGCUAGGGUCCAACUUUGUUAAUAGCGCGGAGCCCGCUAAAUCGCAGGUGGUAGUAGGCGCCAAUAGUCUUCGGGGCCUGGACCCGAUUCUUAUCCAGCAGAUCAGACGAUGGAAUCGUACUGCGUCUGUUCCGACGACGGGGAUGAUCCCACGGCUGGCGUUGCGGUCCGUUCACGACGAGGGUGUCCGCCGAGAAGUUUAUUUGGCGACCCGAACCUCCAGCUCGCGCCAGCUCCACCGAUUGGAGGAGCUGCUCAGCAAACGGGCGGAGCUUGCCCAGCUGUCGGGCCACCCCAGCUUCGCCCAUAUGACGCUCAGCGAUAAAAUGGCCAAAAGCCCCGAGGCCGUUUCCAACUUUCUGACGGCGUUGGUGGGCAGCAACCGCGAGUAUGUUCAGGAAGAACUGUCCAAGUUGCAGGCGAUGAAAGGAGCGUCCCCAUUGCAGCCGUGGGACCAUGCCUACUAUGUUCACCAACGCGUCCUGCAAUAUUCGCAGUCCCGGCGGUCGCGUGAGCUCAGUGCUGUGCCCGAAUUCUUUUCUUUGGGUACGGUGAUGCAAGGGUUGUCGCGGCUAUUUGACCGCCUUUAUGGUGUCCGGCUCGUGCCGCAGGAGACAGCUGCAGGUGAGACGUGGAACCCAGACGUGCGUCGAUUGGACGUCGUGGACGAAGCCGAGCGCCAUAUUGCAGUGAUCUACUGUGACCUGUUCUCUCGGCCUAACAAACAUCCCAACCCGGCCCAUUUCACCCUGCGAUGCGCUCGGGAGAUCUCCCCCGAGGAAGUGGCGGAGUGUGCCACCAUGGAUCAUUCGGCACAUCCCAACGAUGGGAUGGCCACCGCGGUUGAUCCGCAAUCCAAGACCCUCCGACAGCUGCCGACGAUCGCAUUGGUGUGUGACUUCGCGGAGCCGCCAGCGACCGGCGCGGGGCGGCCGUCGUUGCUCAGCGAACACAGUGUGCGGACGCUAUUCCACGAGAUGGGUCAUGCGCUGCAUUCCAUUUUGGGACAGACUCGCUUGCAGUCCAUUUCCGGGACGCGGUGCGCGACCGAUUUCGCCGAAUUACCGUCGGUUCUCAUGGAGCGGUUUGCUACCGAACCCGCGGUGCUCUCCAUGUACGCCCGCCAUUGGCAGACCGACCAACCGCUGUCCGAGAGUAUGAUGUUGAGCAUGGAGAAGGAUCGCCUGGCCCACGGUUCGAUCUACGGCGCCGUGGAGAACGAGGCCCAGAUCCUCAUGGCGCUGGUGGACCAGGCCUACCACUCGAUCCCGGCCGACAAAGCCGGCCAGAUUGACAGCACGGCAAUCUACCACCAGGUCUCGUCGGCCCACUCGACCCUGCCCGAUCCGACGGACAGCCGGCCGCCCACGUCGUGGCAGGGGUUCUUCGGCCAUCUCUACGGCUACGGCGCGACCUAUUACAGUUAUAUCUUCGAUCGGGCGAUCGCCAACAAGCUCUGGGAGGAUGUCUUCCAGGCCGGUAAGGCGGCUGUGGACCGCGAGGCGGGCGAGCGCUACAAGAACGAAGUGCGUCCGCUGGGGCGCGCCAAUGCCGCCAACGCCAACGGGCGACUGGCGGAAGGCGGCGACGAAGCCAUGCGCGAAGUCGGUCGAUGGGGGUUGGGCCGGGAUGGCGUCUCGGGCUAA